AACUCUACCUCCAGCGGUCCCCAGGUAAAUUGAGUUUGAGACCCCUGGUUUAAAACCAACAGGGUCUCUCUGAGGGAAAGGGAGAAUAUUCUUUGUCUUACAUGUUGAAUCCACAACAUUGACUAAAGAGAUGCUGUGAACACUUUUACAUUUUUGACAUCCCCCCCUAGCAGUAUUUGACAGAUUUCUAACUUGAGACAGUGUUUUCCACUUUUUAUCAAAGCAUAUAUGUGAUAUUUUUCUGCUAAAAUGCUCUAUGUUCGCUUGUCUUGGGUAAUUUAUGCUGCAGAAUACGUCCUGUGGCUGUGUGUAAGUCUUGGGGGGGCCCCCCUACUGUCCUAAUGUCACUGUGAUGAAAUGAGUUUGGGGCAAGCUGGAUUAAGAAGCCUCGAAGGAUUAUGUGUACUCUAAACUGGGGUUGUUGUUUGUGUGUGUGUGUGUGUGUGUGUGUGUGUGUGUGUGUUGGUGCAGGCAUAUUUUUGUGUACAAGCGCUGAUCCUUUUAUCUGCAUAGCUGUGCAUGCCAUGCGCCCUUUGUGCACACAUUUCUGCCAUACAGCAUACUGCAUGAAUGUGUACAACAUGUGCCCUUCCCCUCUGCCCUUGGUGGCAUCCUGUCACACACGCAACGCACCGCAAUGGAGUCACGCAGCUCUCCUAUCGGAGCUCAAAGCGCACAUAACACACACAGAUGCGGCGUGAGUGUGCUAUUUUAAGUGUAUUGCCAAGAACAACCAGUCGCCACCUAUCCUUAGAAACGGAGAGAAGACUAAUUACCAUGGAGGAGACGCAGGCAAGAGGGACGCCAAUUACAGACGGGAGCAGGCCCAGCCCAGCUGAGGCCCUAGAAUUGCAAGUCUCUCCAAAUGAGUUAAUGACUAGGGAUGUGCACCCCGUCUCUGUUUUGAAUUGUGCAAAGUGAAACACACAAUUGUAGGGCUUCAUCAUUGCAGUUCUUCGCUCCAGCUCUCUGUGGUGUUCGUGAAAUCGGCGCCGGCGGACAACAACGGUCAAGGGUUAGGGUUAUUUGCGGUGUGGUGGUUUUGGUGAUGCUGUGGAAAGGCCGUGGCGUGGAGUGGCGUGGAGGGUCAUCUGUUUCCAGCAGGUCUGGAGUGGGGAAGGCCCCUCGGUGUCCAGGCCAGGUGGGGCUGUGUCUGUGUGUACACGUCGGCUCAGGGUAACUCUCGUGGUGCUCCUGUGUGUGUCCGGGCUCACACUUUGGAUUGUGAAGUGUUGGAGCAUCUGUUAUUUUUGGCUUUGGCAAUCAUUUCCUGAUUUGCACUCAGUCUAGCGUCGGCGGUUGCCAUGGGACUUCGCUUCCACCCUGUAUUACGGUUUAUCCGAUAUAUGGGAUUCACUCAUGGUGUUGGGUGGUGUUAGAAGACGGUGUUGCAGCUACAGCUCAUCUUGAGAAGCAGUUGCUCCAUGUCUACCAGCUGAUGUAAUAUUGUUUUAAAUAUUGCAACAGGGAAAUACCACGAAGGUAUCAUAAAAAGGACAAAUAGGAUACAAGGGUUAUUUACCGUGUUUGCUUUGCAUAAAAGGGCUGCGUCCAGGGUCACUGUGCUGGCCAUAUUGAAUGUUUCCCUCUCUCCGAUUUCACAUUGGACCUGUUACUUCUAAGUGAUUGGAUUGAACAACGCGAGAAAGAAAGCGAUCGGGCCCAGGUCGUGACCUGCGUGGAGCGGCUCCUGUCACCGUAAAGCCCCAGCGAUCCCUCCCAGGGACUCCGGUUUCCGGCAAGCAGCCUCCAAUUGACCUCCGCACCUCCAUGGACGGGAAGUACAAGGAGAUCGCCGAGGAGCUGUUCACGCGAAGCCUGGCCGAGAGCGAGAUGCGCAGCGCUCCCUACGAGUUCCCCGAGGACAGCCCCAUCGAGCAGCUGGAGGAACGCCGCCACCGCCUAGAGAGGCAGAUCAGCCAGGACAUAAAGCUUGAGCCAGAGAUAUUGUUACGUGCCAAGCAGGACUUCAUGAAAAUUGACAGCGACACAGACCUGGAGUUCAUGAGCGAGCGAGGCAUCGACGCAGUGGACGAUGGAUUCAGGGCGCGGGCGCUGCCCCUGGAGAGAGAGUACCAGAGAGUCUCCAUAUCAGGGGAGGAGAAGUGCGGGGUGCCGUUCAUCGACCUGGUGGACGCCGCCAAGUGCGUGGUGAAGGCCCUGUUCAUCCGGGAGAAGUACAUCAGCCUCUCCAUGCAGAACUUCUGCAAGACCACCGCCUGCUCCCUGCAGGAGCUGGGGGAGACCCCGCUGGACCUACGGGUGUACGAGGAGAUCCCCGAGACCCCCGUGGACGCCGAUGCGCCCGUGCACCCUCCCGUCUCUGAGACCCACCCGUACGAGAACCAGGACCCCAAGAACAUGCCGGCGGACACCGAGUACAACUGUGAGAUGGUGGACGGUGUCGUCCACGUCUUCAACCGGAAGAGUCCCACGGAGAAGGGUACUCUGCUGGACCUGCCCUACCCGGAUCUGAAGGAAUACAUCGCUGACAUGAACAUCAUGCUGGCCCUGAUCAUCAACGGGCCUGUGAAGUCCUUCUGUUACCGGCGGUUACAGUACCUCAGCUCCAAAUUCCAGAUGCACAUCCUGCUGAACGAAAUGAAGGAGCUGGCUGCGCAGAAGAAAGUCCCUCACAGAGACUUCUACAACAUCCGCAAGGUGGACACGCACAUCCACGCCUCGUCCUGCAUGAACCAGAAGCACCUGCUGCGCUUCAUCAAGCGGGCCAUGAAGAAGUACCCCGGGGAGGUGGUGCACGUGGAGCGCGGCCACGGACAGACCCUCAUGGACGUGUUCGAGAACAUGAACCUGACCGCCUUCGACCUCAGCGUGGACACCCUGGACAUGCACGCCGACCGAAACACGUUCCACCGCUUCGACAAGUUCAAUGCUAAAUACAACCCCAUCGGAGAGUCCAUCCUGAGGGAGAUCUUCAUCAAGACUGACAACCACAUCGAGGGGAAAUACUUUGCCCACAUCAUCAAGGAGGUGAUGGAGGACCUGGAGGAGAGUAAAUACCAGAACUCUGAGCUGCGGCUGUCCAUCUACGGCCGCUCCCGGGACGAGUGGGACAAGCUGGCCAAGUGGGCCGUCAAACACGGCGUGUACUCGGACAACGUGCGCUGGCUCAUCCAGGUGCCCCGCCUCUUUGAUGUGUACCGAACCAAAAAGCAGCUGGCCAACUUCCAGGAGAUGCUGGAAAACAUCUUCCUGCCUCUGUUUGAAGUCACAGUCAACCCUCGCAGCAACCCAGAGCUCCACCUCUUCCUGCAGCAUGUGGUGGGCUUCGACAGCGUGGAUGACGAGUCCAAGCCAGAGCACCACGUCUUCAACAUGGACAGCCCUCAGCCGGCGCACUGGACGGCCGAGACCAACCCCCCCUACUCCUACUACCUCUACUACACCUACGCCAACAUGACCGUGCUCAACCACCUGCGCAGGAGGCGGGGCUUCCAGACGUUUGUCCUGCGACCUCACUGCGGGGAGGCGGGGCCUAUUCAUCACCUGGUGUCGGGCUUCAUGUUGUCGGAGAACAUCUCCCACGGCCUGCUGCUCAGGAAGGCCCCUGUGCUGCAGUACCUGUACUACCUGGCCCAGAUCGGCAUCGCCAUGUCCCCGCUCAGCAACAACAGCCUGUUCCUCAGCUACCACCGCAACCCGCUGCCCGAGUACCUGUCCAGGGGCCUCAUGAUCUCCCUGUCCACCGAUGACCCCCUGCAGUUCCACUUCACCAAGGAGCCUCUCAUGGAAGAGUACAGCAUCGCGGCCCAGGUGUGGAAGCUGAGCUCCUGCGACAUGUGCGAGCUGGCCCGGAACAGCGUCCUGAUGAGCGGGUUCUCACACAAGGCCAAGAGCUACUGGCUGGGCCCCAAGUACUCCAAGGAGGGCCCGGAGAGCAACGACAUCCGGCGCACCAACGUGCCGGACAUCCGCGUGGCGUACCGCAGCGAGACGCUGUCCGAGGAGCUGCACCUCAUCACGCACGCCGUCCGCAACCAGGAGCUGGACGCCAUCCAGGAGGAAGGCGAACCGCUCUCCAUGAACCCGCUGCCCGCGCAGAGCUAGGGAGCGUCGACCCCCCCCCCCCCCCCCCCGACCCAAAGAGGCCGGAGAAUCUAAGCUAAUAUAUAUAUAAUCCCGUUCAACCCGUACUGAAUCUACCCCGACUCCUCCACCUCCGAGCCGCCAUCUUGCGUGUGUACCCCCCGUACACCCCCCCCUCCCCCACACAUGACACACCCAGCCUGCUACAGCGGGCUCGUCCUGCGCAACCUACCUCUGAUCCCUGGAAACCCCCCCCCCCCCUCCCGAGUUACAUCCUCCCUCCCCCACGGGACUGCACAGCCCAGCGGUUAGCAUAGGGCGCCAACGAGAGCCAAGGACGCAGGCAGCAGCAUGCUAACUCCCCCCCGCCUCCCCCACAGUGCUUUACUCCCCCCUCUCCCUCUCAGCGUCCUCUCUGGCCGCCGCCGCCGCCGCCGCCGUGUGGAAACAACCCGAGGUCAAAAAGAAAAAAACAACAGCAUGCUGAAGUGGCCCUCGCUGGUGUGACCCCCCCCCCUCCUCCCCCCCCCCCCCCCCUCCUCCUCUUGUGUUUUUCGAUGAGUCACUGUGACGCGGCGAGCUUCAGUCCGUUAGCCUAGCUGAGGCUAAGGCACCAGGGAUCCACAGGAGUUGCGCCAUGCGUUUUGUAUGUAAUGCAUAACCAGAGCAGGGUGUGUUGGCUGACUAGCAGCACAGGUCGCUACUGUAUCUCCGUAACCAUGACUUUCUUCACUAUUUCGUCACUCCUUAUUUGGGCGAGUCCCGGGUUCCUGUGUCAGGGUGGCCAACUCCAGGGGAUUCUAUUCCGGGAUUAUUUUUCUUUCUUUCUUAGUUUUUCAACAGCGCUAUGAUCUCACGAGAAAGUCUCUCUAGAUCCAGGGACCAUUAUAGUCCACAAAAUGUGUUCUUUGGUUUUCCUUAAUUUACGGCAGCCAUUCAGGAAUGGCUGCCGUAAGGAGCCAGGGGCCAUCCUGUAAUUCUCAGAAGUGUACAUCUUGUUCUUCAGUUUCAUCAACAUGACCGUGGUGCAUACUGCGGGUACUUUGACUUGAUUUAGCAAAAAGUGACGGACAUAGCUACGCCAUGCAAAUAACCAAUCAUUUCAAUUGGUUAUUUGUAUUGUCAAGGAAUGUUGUCGCUGGUGUUUGAGGAUGAAACCGGGCUUUGAUACUCUGACACAACUUUUGCCCAGAUGCAUAGGUUUUUAUUUCCUAUUUCGGAAACAUUUAUUUAAAAAUGACUGCUCCUUAUCCCAGCACAAAAACAAAAGUCCACUGACUCACAACCCAAUAGGAGUUGUAUCCUCUCCAUGGAACGGCAUGUAUGUACUGUAUGUAUGUGUGUCGGUUAUUUAAUUACAGAAACACAUCGAAUAUAUACUUGAGAUGCACGCAAAAUCCUCUCUCUCUCUCUCUAUGUCCCCAUACUAAGCCCGUCCUGAAAGCUGCUUAUUUUUCUGUUACGUAAUACGCUGCCUUAACGCAUCCAUCCACCGUCCUCAGCCCCUUCAGAGCCCCUGUCGACGAAUUUAGAUGUUGGGGGGGGUCCGGGGGGGUUUGUUGGCUUAAAAGUCUUCCCUUGGUCGAUCACUCUCACUGUAGAGGUUCCUAAGCUUUAUUUUCCCAUCAAGUUUGGUCCAGUGACGGUCAUUCAUGAGGCUGUGCUGUGUGUCCGUGAUUCGCCAUUGGCGAAACUGCAGCAGGGAUGCUAAAAAGAAAAAAGUCGCACAAAAUCCAGAAAACAUGUCCGCCCAACAUCCUGUGCUGAACCGCAAACAUUCCAUGACAGCUUACUAAAAAACGAAGAAAUCUCAAGUUCAAUAUGUUGAGCGUUUAGUUAAACCGAGUGUUCGUUCAUUUGGACAUGACACUGUGUCUGUAGUCGCUCAGCGAGCGAGUCUGCUGACCCAAAGAGUCACAGCAGAGCCUCACUGAGACAUUGAAGGAUGUAUUUGGCAGCAUUAAAAAGGGGGGAGGUGGAGGCUUAGUAGGGAUGAGAGAUUCAACCAUCCCCUGCCAUUAUUACCUCCAAUAGAGGCACCUUUUGGGUCACAUUCAUCCCCUGGCUGGCCCCCCUUCGCCAGAGCUGUGCCAGGGCUGAGACAAACAGACUGACUAUAAGGUCUGAAUGGGCCCCCCCUGCAUGCAGUCCUCUGUACAUCCCCAGCCAGGACUUUCCCAGUGCCUUUUCAUUUGUAGCUUUCGCCCACUGAAAGCCCAGACAGUCUCUGUCUCUGUACCUGUCUAUCGCUAUUUGUGUGUUUGUCUCUCGCUGCCUCCCUCGAUCUCUCUUUCUGUCUCUCACUCGCUCUCUGUACUGUCUUUUUUUUUUUUUUAAAGCAAACAGCGCUUGUGUUAUCUUCUUUAGUCCUCUGAAUGCCAGGUCCACUCAAUCCCCUCCUGGCUGCAUGCUUGGUGUACAAUAUUUUACGGGAGAAAUAUAUAUCAUGGACAAGAACAAGGACGAAAGGAGAGUUUUUGUUUUUGCUGCGCUCAGUGUGUUCCGUUCCUCAUACUCACACAGUGCAUGCCUGCAUGGUGGCCGGGGCGGGGAGGCGUGUGUGUUACAGGGAGGUGUGUGCGUUCAACGAGAUGUGUGUGUUCAGCGAGGUGUGUGCGUGUGUUCAACGAGGUGCGUGUUCAGGGGUCUGUCGUGUUAAAAGCACCUCUUGGGGAAACCAGCUUACGUGUGACCGGAUAUGUUUGUAGUGAUUAUAUUUGUUUAAGAAAAGACUGAUGUAAAAAAGAUGAAAUAUAACUAUUCUUCUAGUAGAAAACGCACAGGCUGUACCGGGCCACCGUGGAGAAUGUUGCAUGGGUCGUGGUUUUAUCCCAGCCUCCCGCCCGAUCGACGGGAACGCCACAGCCAGACGUGAUAUUUUUGUAAGACGUGCUCACUCACAUGUUGUUCUCUCACCCAUCAUGUGCCGUAUCAUUUGAUGUUCCGCCGAGUUUCUGUUGACCUUUUUAAAUACAAUUAUUGGACCUGUAGUAGAGUGACACUGGAGUGUAGAGAAGGUGACUGUACAGAAGGAUUCAAUAAUAAAGGAAGUAAAAAGAGCAGCCUAAAAGAGCAGCGCUGCAGCUGUCCUGCUUUCACUUUUGUAGCGGUGUAGACGUUAACGAUAACAAACAAGCCAUUAAGAUGACAGACAGAGCCCCAUCUCUGUUGGGGAAAGUGUUUAGUGGAUGGGAUGGGGCUGGGGGGUUUAAUUUGUUCCCCAGACUCCUUGUAGAGAGUGUAUUUUUUUAAAGGCUGUAGAGAUAAGACAUUUUAUAUAAAUUAUAUGUAAACGUCUCGAUUUUAAACAUGACAUGUCAUAGACCAUUGUAUUGAAUUAAGGUAGUAAUUUCCUUAAUGGACUUUAAAGAAGGAUUUUGUUUCUCAAAAUUAUUGGAUCCCCAUAUCUCAACAAGUCUUUUACAAUUCCUAUAUAUUUGUCGAUUUAUUUCUGCUUCAUCAGUCUCUGCUCCUAGUUUUUUUUUUAAGUCCAUGCACCGAUGGAUAGUGCACUAUAAUAAGCACUCUUAGUAGCUCUUUC